GGUCACGUAAAUACACUUGCUUCCCUGUAGGAACAAUCACAGGUGGUGACUCGCUGUGUGGAGACUUUCGGCCGUCUGCAGAGAGGGUGUGUAGGUGAACACGAUGGGGAAAAUAGAGUGGGCUAUGUGGGCCAACGAGCAGGCUCUGGCUUCGGGACUCAUUCUCCUCACUGGAGGCAUUGUGGGGGUGGCAGGACAGUUCAGGGGCUGGCAGUUUGCUGCUUAUGCUGUUGCUGCUGGGGUGUUUGUGUGUCUACUUGAAUAUCCCAGAAGCAAGAGGUCCAAGGGCACAGGAGUGGAGAGACCUGGCCAGUACUGCUUCACCAUGUGUGUUAAAGCCUUCGGGCCACUGACAAGAAACUAUUAUGUCAGGGCUUUUUUGCAUGCUGCAAUCUGCGUACCUGGAGGAUUCAUGCUUGCUACCGUCCUCGGAUGCGUCUGCCUCGGCAUUGCCAGCAUUAUCUACUUUGUGGCAGCUAUCAGAGGUGAACACUGGGAGCCAAUUCUUCCAAGGAAGGAGAUCCGAAAGCCAGUCGCAGAAAGCAUCAAGAAUCCUCCUCAGAAUCCACCGCCGAGACCUCCUGCAGAGAUGCUCAGGAAGCGGGUAGACGACCUGGAGAGCGCAGCCUACGACAACCCCAUCUCUGUCACUGACGAGUAACCAGUCCAAUGUCCCGUCCUCUGUGUCCCUCCACCUGUGUGCCUGAGAUCUUGGUACAAUCACAACCAGUUACAGUGGGGUGUCACCACAUUCUGUGAUUAUGGAUGUUUCCUGAAGUUUAGUCAAAACUUGUGACGGGACUGCGUGGUGGGUCCACACCGUCAUACCUCAGCUUGCAGAGAAAUGUGUUGCAAACAGGGAAACUGUUUCUUAACGAGAACUGAGAAUACAAAGGAGGGUGACUAAAGUGAAUGUCACAUUUUAUUUUUGAACAAAAUCAUGCCAAAGGAGAUAAAUGUACAUGCUAUAGCUGAUAUGGUCAACUCAAAUGCAUGUAGUGAUGUUGGUAUGUUUACUGGUUUACAACCCACCUGUCUAUUGCUCCAACCACCAUGUAUUUUAAGCUGUGUUGCAUUCACUGUAUUGUGUUGCCAAGCAAAAAUCUUACGUUAUAUUGGACUGUGUACUUACAUUGUGUUCUUAACCCCUGUGUAUUUGUGUGUUUCAUGAAGUCAAUGAUCAAAAUAGUGUAGGAAUACACAGUAUUGUUAGGAUUAAUUUGAGACAUUGGCACAUAUGUAUGUGGCUGAUAGUAGUUUUAUUAUUCUUUUUCUGUAUCCAGCAUUUUGUAAAUAAACCCCAUGUGCCUCUGAAUCA